GGCUCCCACCUCCAUAGGCUCCCUACCUGGGUAUUAAUGUUAAAGAAGAUCUUGACUGACCAACAAGGAUGGUUAUAAACCUUUGUCUUCCUCAGUUUCACCCUAGAGUAGCGUGUAAUAAGAUUAGCGCAGAUGGCUACGAAGUGGAAAACCUCAUCUCGGAUGAUCUCAGUAAAAGGAAUCGUGGCUUUCGCUGUGAAUAUUUUAUUAGGCCCCCUGUGCAUGUCACCAUCACGUUUCCCUGUAGCACUGAGAUAUGUAGGAUUAAUAUAGAUACUUCUCAUGGGGGGCAGCAUCACUUCUCUGGGAUAGACCUCUAUACCUCUUCCUCGUCCACCAAAUCCUCUUGGAACGCUCAUGAUCCAAACCAAGCUGGCCUAGUGGGACCUGACAAAGAGCUUUUUACUUUGGUGGGCAAAGUCUUGCUCAAAAAUCAAAGCAAAGUGACAUUUAACAACAGGGCCUUCAAGCCGCGACACCCAUUUCACCAGUUUGAUCAUGUGAUGUCUUACCACGGUUCAUCCUGCCAGGAGCUAUGGAAUAAAGGCCCCUCCAGUCUUGCCGGUGUUACCAGUCUUAAGAUUUGUAUAACUCAUAUUGCCGGUGGGGCACCAUGCUGCAUUAAGAGGGUGGAGGUUUGGGGUCAUCCAGCAAAGACUUGUCCUAAGGAAAUUGUGGAAAGCCUGUACCAAAUCGCUUGCCUGAGUCUCCCUCACGAUUCAGCACAACAGCAGCAGCAGCCGUCGUUGCCAAUGGAUAGUAGCCACAUGUUGUCUAGCACUUUAGAGAACAUACAGCGCAGCCCAAGCGAACUUGCCACCAUUCUCCAUAAUGUUCCUGAGGAGUUUCUGGAUCCCAUUACACUUGACAUUAUGACUUUCCCAAUGCUUCUUCCAUCCGGCAAAGUAAUUGACCAAAGCACAUUAGAUAAAUGUAACCAAAGCGAAGCAACAUGGGGCCGACUGCCCAGUGACCCGUUUACUGGUGUCCCCUUCAACCAACACUCUCAAGCCGUCCCCCACCCAUCUCUUAAAGUAAGGAUAGACUAUUUCCUCUUACAGCACAGAAUGCCUGGCUCCAAUAUACUGGGCAGGACUCAGAUUGGACCCUUUGUGACUCCAUCUGCUGUAGCGUUGUCUUCCAUGAAAAGGAAAGUAGAAUGGAUGGAGGACAGUGACAACGACGGCGACAACGUCGACACCUAUUUUUCCGCUGUAAGUGGUUUCAACAGUUCUGCCUCAGACUUCAGUGCCAAGAAGUUGAAAACGGAAAACGAUUGCAGUCAGUCAAACAUGGAUUGUUCCACCAGUAACUCAGAUGCAGCAUCCCAUGAGCAAAGGCUGACCCAAAGCCUGGACUACGCACUCACUACUACACUUGGAUCCAUGCCCUCGUACACUGCAAGGUUUGUGAAAGGCCACCAACUGGGAGCUUCAGGGGAGAGCGGUGGAGGAACCUCGGCCUGGAGCACCAUACCCGAGUUUAAUCGAUGUGCCGAGGGUCAAGGUUGCUCUUCUUGUGGGAGGAUAUUUUCCGCUUACUGCAAGACAGAGCCCGUGUAUCAGCUUUCAUGUGGGCACCUCAUGUGCCGGCCUUGCUUAGCGGAGAAACAAAAGUCCCUGUCCAUUCUGUGCAACAAUUGCAACAGGUCGGUGGCCACGCGAGAUGUUCAGAGAGUCCACCUUUGAUUUGCACAAUGAAUAAAGGCUUUGCCCAGGAAACGGCUGAAACACUGCAUUCAGAUGACUGUGCCUGCUCCGAGGCCUUGAUACGUACCGUUAACUUUAUAUCCUUUGCUGCUAUUCUCUUGUGUAUUUAUUUAGGAGCGGGGGGCAGUAGUGACCCCACUAUUCUGCUUAAUACCAUAGCUGUGCUAGCUGGAGGAAUUCACUCAGACCUAUUCAUGUUAUGUUUACAGUGGAUAACCCUAGGGCCGGUUCGAAGGUGGGAUUGAUUACCCACAGGUUUCACUCUCUCAAUCUAAGUAAUAGAUGGCCUCUUCUUACCCCCAGGCCCUGGUGAAUCCUAUUCAUGUGCAAGUAACAACAAGGCCUUUACAUUUGUGUUGGAAUAAAGUGCACUUGUGAAGCCGCUUGCACCUUCUCUUUCCUCUCACAUUAGCCGGUUAGGCCUAUGUUGCACCUCUAUGUGGUUCUGGCCACUGGUUAGUUCUGUGGAUAGUAAACCGCUUGGUGUAGGAUUAGUUUUCCUGCAUACCUUAUCAAAUAAGUGUUCAGAUAAUAUAACUGCCAUACUUGCUAUGGCCCCUGUCUUUCCUGUAUCUCGCAUACUAGUUCAUUUAGUGUUCUUUGCUGGCCCUUGGCUUCGGUUCUGGGUCUUUAAUCAGACUCCUUGAGAUAAAGUGUUCUGUACAGGUCAUAUGGUGUUUAAAUGGAAGGCAGCCAUGGGAGUUUUAACAACAGAAACCUUGCUGUAAAGGUGAACAUAGGGAAGGCUAGGGCUUUAAUUUAUCAUUGAGUACAUCAGAAUGAUUUUACUGUUAGAUGUACAGUAGACCUGGGCCAAAUGUCAAGAAUUCGGAGAAAGAACAUUAAUUCAAAUUGAACACAAGCAGUUGGUAACACUUAGGGCUUGGCCAGUGUUUAGCCAGUCAGAGCAUUAAGACAACUUGCAACUAAUUGCAGCAUUAGGACUUUUACAGUUUGUAACAUAACUAUAGUAAUUAAGCCUUUGCCUUUAAAAUGUUACUGGCCUAUUAACUUUUCCCAUUCUGGCAACUGUACGUUUGCUUUGUGAGCAGAUACACUA